AUCUUAAAAUAUUAUCAAAUCAUGUUAGGUUCACUCCGUGUUGCAUAAUUACAUGUCAGGUUCAGAGUACAAUAACAACACAAGUACGUCUUCGCUUACGUUAAGUCGACGAGAACUACUAGUAUACUACUAGCUGCCAACAACACGCGUGUAAAAUACUCGGCACGUGCAAAGUGGUUCAUCAUCCACAUCCAAUUUUCAGUAACUCAACAACACCUAGAGAGUGGCUUUCAACAUGGGUUGGAGAGGAAUAUUGGGUUUCGAACAUGGCAUAGUUCAGGCACCAUUAGGUCCUGAUAUCUCUGGUCCUCAACUUGUUGCUGCUGUCGCCAAUGCUGGGGCCCUUGGCCUACUCAGAGCUCCUGAUUGGGAAUCCCCGGAUUACUUGAGGGAGCUCAUAAAGAAAACCAGGGCAUUAACUGAUAAACCCUUUGGGGUUGGUGUGGUUCUAGCUUUUCCUCAUGAGGAGAAUUUGAGGGUCAUUCUUGAUGAAAAAGUUGCAGUCUUGCAAACUUAUUGGGGUGAUUGUACACCUGAAUUGGUUGCCAAGGUUCAUUCAGCUGGGGUUAAAAUUGUUCCACAAGUUGGCAGUGUCGAAAGCGUAAAACUGGCAAUUGAUGCAGGUGUCGAUGGAAUCAUCGUACAAGGACGUGAGGCUGGUGGUCAUGUUAUUGGUCGGGAUAGUUUAAUUUCAUUGGUGCCGAGGGUGGUCGAUCUUGUUGGCGACCGUGAUAUACCUGUUAUCGCAGCUGGAGCAAUUGUAGAUGCGAUAACAACUUCAGAUUUCGAUUGA